AUGCUAACCAUUGCAAGGAACGCUAUGGCAAUGCUGUUGCUCUUGUUAAUCUCAUUGGUGGCACAACAUCCGAAUCAGGUGGCAGCUGGCAACCCUCCACCAGCCUAUGGCGGUCGUUGUGCUUAUGCAGCCUAUAAGAUCUAUUGUUAUGGAGGUGCCACUAGUAUCUUGAACGACCUCGGCUUGAAAGGCACACAGCAAUUUUUCGCUUUGAAUGUAUCGGACCCGAUUACGGUAGCAGCCAACAGCUCAUCUUGGUAUACGAUUGAUUUCACAGGCCAAACAGUGCAGCCCGAGCCCAACGUGUUUUUCUCCAUGGCAGCUAUCGACAAACCUGAUCAAAAGUACUUGGUCAUUUUGGGUGGUGGUGGCAAAAACGAUGGCACUGCAAUGCAGCAUUCGGCCAUUUAUUACGACAUUGAAGCUGGCUUAUGGAAUACAAUCGAUUCGGGUAAUCACCCACAAAAACGCUUCCAAUCAUUGAUCUUUGAUGAGGCUGGUAGCAAAGACCGCUUCUUUGUAUGGGGCGGAGACAGGUCAGCCUCCACAGGCUAUUGGAAUGAGACAUCUAAUAAUGACGAUGUUCCCUUUGACAUGGCCGUAUUAUCCGACAAGUGGGAAUGGUCAUCACCAACCAAUAAUAUCCAAAACCUUUCGCUUUUGAUGCUUCCAAGAACGCAACAUGCAGCAGCUCAAGGCGGCGAUGGAAGAAUCUACAUCACAGGUGGCCUAGAAGCUUACGCCAACGUGUCAUCCAAUGGCUCCGUUGCAUACGAGUUUUACUCAGCACCCAUGACUGAUACCUUGGUUUACGAUAUCAACAAUGGCUGGGACAUCAAGAACACCACAGGUGAUAUACCAAGCGAACGCAUGUUUCACACAAUGGUGACAUCAACGGAUGGCAAGUCAAUUCUUUUGUAUGGCGGUGCUGACACUUUGUUUGGUACAAACAACCUUCCCCUUCCUUCAAGAGAUGUGGCCUAUGUCUUGGAUAUCAGUGAUCCCAACAAUUUGGUUUGGAAAAACGUUACCAACACUUUGAUCCAAAAUUCUGGAUCAUUCGAUCGCUAUCUUCGAUUCCAUCACAACGCCAUCUUGCUCAAUUCAAGCCUAUUCAUCCUCUUCGGUGGCAACAGCGGUGGUGUCCAACAAGAUUUCUUUAUCAUUGAUGUUGAUAAUUGGAACUUGACAAACUCAUUUGCAGGUGCAAACUUGAAUGGAAAUGGAGCAGGUGGCGGAGGAGAUUCUGGUUCAUCCUCUGGUAUUUCCGGCGGUGCCAUUGCAGGCAUCGUGGUUGGUGUUGUAGUCGGUGUGGGUAUUAUUGUUGGUGCCAUUGUAUUCUUUUUCAUUCGACGAAAGCGACAAGCGAAACAGCCAUCGGAAAAGAGAGAUUACGUUUCUGACAGCAAAGGCGGUAGCAGCAAUGAGCCCAUGCACCAGAGUUUCCUACCACCAUCUUAUCAAGAAGCAGCUACCCAGCGACAUGAAUACUUGUCGUCAAGCAAUAUAAGCGAGCCACCACAUACAUCCACCGCUUCACCGACCCGCUCCUCCAUGGAACAACAGGCAUAUCUCAUGCAACAGCAACAAGCGAUCAAACCACAUUCUGAUGCCUAUCAACGCUCAUCAAACGCAGGAUUGUCGCCACCACAGCAACCAGGGACACCUGAAGUCUAUGUACCUCGUCUCAAAUUAAUGCCUGUUAAGCCUGAUGGCGAGUAA